CACACACACACACACACACACACACACACACACACAGACACACAGACACAGAGAGGACAUGAGUUCAUCGCCAUAUUUCCCAGCGCGAUCCGCGCUGUUCCGUAAGGAGGCCAAUGGAGUGACGUACCGUGUCCCUGCCCUGCUCUACCUGUCCCUGUCCAACUCCUUCCUGGCCUUUUGUGAGGAGAGACUCAGCCCCUCAGACGCCCAGGCUCACCUGCUGGUCAUGCGCAAGGGCACCUUCUACAGGAACUAUGUAGAGUGGGAGGACAUGAGUGUUCUGGGUACGGCUCAGUUGGCUGGCCACCGGUCGAUGAACCCGUGUCCUCUGUAUGACGAGUUCACAGGCACCCUCUUCCUGUUCUUCAUCGCUGUGCUGGGCCACACCUCCGAGUCCUACCAGCUGGUGACGGGUAAGAAUGUAACGCGCCUCUGCUUCAUCUCCAGUAACGACCAGGGCAACACCUGGAGCCCUGCCACUGACCUCACCAAGAGGGUCAUAGGAGACACCAUCAAAGACUGGGCAACCUUCGCCCUGGGCCCGGGACACGGCAUCCAGCUCAAGUCAGGCCGUCUGCUGGUUCCAGCGUACGCCUACCACAUCGACUGCAAGGAGUGCUUUGGCCAGAUGUGCCUGACCACACCCCACGCUUUCUGUUUCCAUAGCGACACCCACGGGCGGACGUGGCGUUUUGGGGAGGCGGUGCCAGGGCCAGAGAGCGUGGAGUGCCAGAUGGUGUCUGUGGAUCAGGAGGAUGGCACCAACGUGCUGUACUGUAACGCCCGGAGCCCUCUGGGCUGCAGGGUCCAGGCCCUCAGUCUGGAUGACGGAGCUGUCUUCCAGGAUGGACAGCUGGUGCAGCGGCUCACAGAGCCACGUAAUGGCUGCCACGGUAGCGUAGUGGGGUUUCCUGCCCCCCUACACCUCAACCUCCGCCCUCGGCCACCCACCCACGCCAGACACUGGACAUCCUUCGAGGUUAAGACUGGUGACUCCUCCCCACCCACUGCCCCUCCCCCUCACAGCUCCCCACAGAAUUUCCUUACACCCACCUGGGUGGUGUACUCCCACCCGACGUGGACCAACGUGAGGAAGGACCUGGGGGUGUACCUCAGCCUGUCCCCCCGUGACCCGGACAGCUGGUCUGGCCCGUGGGUGAUCUACGAGGGCCCCAGUGCCUACUCUGACCUGGCCUACCUGGAGCUGCCUUCAGCUGGGGCCCCGUCGGCCGUGACCUUCGCCUGUCUGUUUGAGUGUGGCACCAGCACAGCUUAUGAUGAGAUCUCCUUCAGCAUCUUCACCCUCUAUGAGCUCAUUGACAACCUGCCACGCAACACAAAGUCAGGCAGCAACACACAGCUACUCAGCAACACACAGCCACCCAGCAACACAAAGUCACCCAGCAACACACAGCCACCCAGCAACACACAGCCACCCAGCAACACACAGCCAUCCAGCAACACAAAGUCACCCAGCAACACACAGCCACCCAGCAACACACAGCCACCCAGCAACACACAGCCACUCAGCAACACACAGUCACCCAGCAACACACAGUCACCCAGCAACACACAGCCACCCAGCAACACACAGCCACUAAGCAACACACAGUCACCCAGCAACACACAGUCACCCAGCAACACACAGCCACCCAGCAACACACAGAUCUUCCACAACACAACACAACCCAAGGAAGAGAGACCAGAGGCGAGGAAGAGGAGGACGAGGAAUAUAUGUGGUCUUUGCAAUGUUUCCUAACUGCUAAUUAACCGUUAAUCCUAGUGUUUUCUGCUCGUUUCCUUCUGAAGCUCAUGAGAAAAGUGUACAAGAGCGUGAUAUUUAAAUGCGGUCCACAGAGUUCUGACGUUUUACGUCUGCUGAUGAAUUUGUUUUGUCUGAUAUCAAGUCCAUCCACGCCUUGUAACCCUCGACUUAAUGCACAUACUGUGUGUUUACAUGUAGUGGUUGUGUCACGACAAUGCAGAAACAUUGCUGUAGUAGCCACGUUUUAUUGAAUAUUAACCAGGGGCAGCCUACAGAUGUAGGAUCUUAAUUUGAGCCAGUUUGCUACAGCAGGA